AUGAAGGCAUGGGAAGAAGCGCAUUUAGGCGUCUACGGCGCACAUCAAUCUAGACCAAAGCUUCAGUUUCAAUUGAAAAGGAUGGUUUCAUGGCCUUUUGAAGUGUGGAGGCUUGAUCUUGUUGGCCCUAUAACACCUAAAUCGUCAACAGGGCACUCUUACAUCAUUGCAGCCACCGAUUUCUUUUCAAGGUGGGCUGAGACCAUUGCCUUGAGAAAAGCUAGGAAGGAGAACGUGGUGGAUUUUAUCCGUACUCACAUCAUCUAUCGAUACGGUAUCCCCCAUCAAAUUGUGACAGGUAAUGGGAGGCAGCUCUUUAAUGGCUUGAUGGACAUGUUGUGUGAGAAAUUCAAGUUCAAGCAAUACAAGUCAUCCAUGUACAACAUUGCUGAAAAUGGGUUGGCAGAGGCAUUCAACAAAAUAUUGUGCAACCUACUGAAGAAAAUUGUCUCUAAGUCAAAGAGGGAUUGGCAUAAGAAGAUUGGGGAGCCAUUAUGGGCUUAUCGAACCACUCAUCGUACUCCUAAAGGAAUUACACCAUACUCUCUUGUUUAUGAAGUAGAAGCUAUCUUCCCUUUGGAAAGAGAAAUUUCACCACUAAUGAUGGCAGUGCAAGAAGGAUUGACUACAUAA